UCUCUCGCUUAUGUCUGUCUUUCGUUGCGCAAUACAUUCGUUGCUGGAGUUUGUGAAAAGAGGUGGAAGAGAGACAUUGUACGUGCAGGAAUCGAGAAUGCCAGCCCCGACUCGAAGCUGAAGAUACCAAGACCGAGCUCGAGUGCACCGCCUUCCCAGCCACUAAGACGCAUCGCAAAGGAGCGCCGAGGAGUCGCCAUGAUGCUGUCGCACAGCACAGUGCGGAGGCGCGCACCGAUCCCCUCGAUCCUCCUCGUCUGGAGCAUACUAUCCUCGUUGGCCGCGACCACGACAGCUCAAGAGAUCAAUAACUUCACAGGCUCGCUGCAGAUUGUCAACGGCAAUGGGGUGUACAGCGGCACGAGCGGAGGCGGAGGCAGUGAUGGUACAGCAACAGGUGCCGUUCAAGCGCAAUGUCCUGCGAACUUUCCUGUGAGCUGUACCAACAUCCAGCAACCCAGCUACUGCUGUCCAUCUGGCAACUACUGUCAAUGGGCGAAUUCGGUUGUCGCAUGCUGUCCGAAUGGCAAGACAUGUUCUGGCUCCGUUCAAGCGCCGACGACCACAUACUAUCAGGAAGCAUCGACCAUAUACCAGCACCCCGGCACCACAGUCUACGUAGCAGGCGGCGGAGGCAUUGUUACGACGCAGAGCCCAGUCACGGUGCAGACAGUUGGCUACGCCGGAGGUGGAUAUUGCUCGACUCUUGUGGCUGUUGGACCAGGAUUGCCAACGACCGGGAGCGGUAGCUGUGGCACCAUUCUUAUUGUAGAGGCAGACGCCAUCAGACGAAGUGUGCUGAAGGCUGGCAAGAUGUUUGCCAUGUUGCUGGCAUUGCAUUUAAUGGGUGGGUUGAUCUUGAUGAGACGAUGAAAGGCAUGAUGGAAGGGCAUUGCAGAGGGAGGAUAUUCCGAAGACAGCUUCCAUAACGACAGUGCCUACGACGGCGUAUAUAGAGUACAGAGCGUUCAAGAGCUCCGUCGCUCCCGGAUAGACACGCCGAAACGGUGUGAGUUCAACAUCUACAAGAAUCCUCUCCG